AUGAUCCCGACAUCAGUGACGCGCGGCGCCUCGCGCCUGCCGCUGACGACGAAGCGCGGCAACAAGGACUUUUACAAGGGCACGCGCCAGGCCGUCACCCCCGGUGCUGGACCCCGGACGGGCGCGCCCGGAAAGCACGUUAUCCGCGGAAAGGCAAAGUACAGGCUGCUCGAUAGCCGUGUGCGUGUGUUUGUUGGACCGGGAAUUGAGGCUAUUGAGUCGAGCUCGUAUCAACCCACGUCCUCCUCUCUCUCCCUUCGUCUUCUCCGCACCCCCAGCAGCUUAGGAGCUCGUCAAGCUAACCCCCAGCUCAAACCCUACGUCUCCUCCAAGGCGACCGUGCCGGAGCAGACUCUCCCUCCCUUCGGCCCGUGGCCCAAGACCUCGUCCGGCGUCGCCCCGCAGCAGCGCGACUUCAAGCACUUCUCCAAGGCAUACAAUGCGCUCUCGCCCGACGAGCGCAACGCCCUCAUCAUGCAGGCCCGUCGGGAAUGGUACGCCGCCCUCACCUCCACGGCCGUCGAGAAGGGACAGCAGGAGGCGCACACGCAGGAGGUCGAGGGCCAGGCGAAGCAGUAA